UCCGAAAUGUACAUUCUGAGCUUUUGUUUUACGAAAGUACGCUACUCACAAAAUUCCGUCAUCUGAUCUACGCUUCUACAUUUGCAGCUUGUCUACAGAUACUGUUGUGUAUAAAGGACAACUCACAUCAACUCAGUUAUGGAGUUAUUUUUAUGACCUUCAAAAUCCAGCUUUUGAAACUCAUUUAGCUUUAGUUCAUGCCAGAUUCUCAACAAACACGUUUCCUAGUUGGGAACGAGCUCAUCCAAUGAGAAUGCUUGCUCAUAAUGGUGAAAUAAACACUCUUCGUGGUAAUGUUAAUUUAAUGCGAGCAAGAGAAGGUGUCAUGAAAAGUCAGCUGUUUGGUGAAGAAUUGCAUAAAUUAUAUCCAGUUGUUGAACCUAACCUUUCAGAUUCUGGCUGUGCUGACAAUGUUCUUGAAUUCUUAGUUAUGGCUGGUCAGAGAUCAUUGCCUGAAGCAGUAAUGACUAUGGUGCCUGAAGCCUGGCAGAAUGAUAAUCUGAUGAAUCCAGAUAAAAAAGCUUUUUAUAGAUGGAGUGGUUGUGUAAUGGAGCCGUGGGAUGGCCCAGCUUUACUAACAUUCACAGAUGGAAACCUUAUUGGUGCUAUACUUGACAGAAAUGGCUUAAGGCCUUCAAGAUAUUAUCUCACUCGAGAUAAUCACAUGAUAAUGGCUAGUGAAGUUGGUGUGUUAGAUUUAGAAAAUUCUAAUAUUCUUCAGAAGGGCCGUUUGAGACCAGGUCGCAUGCUUUUAGUUGAUACACAGAAGCAUGUAUUCAUCAAAGAUGAAGAACUGAAACUUCAAAUAGCUCAGAAACGUCCACUAGGGGAAUGGUUGAAAGAAAUG